AUGCCCCACGACGACGACCCAAACGGCGGCGGCUCCACCGAUACCCACGACGCCCUCCUCGUCCAGGACCCUCCUCCAAGCCCAAGUCCGAAAAAGGUCGAUGAAGUAGGCGUCGUCUCCGCCGUAGACCAGCAGUUGCAGGAAGAAGUCUCUGAUUUCAGGUCUGGCGACCCAAAGGACCACGGUAGCCCCGCAGAGUCCAGUAGGGGUCCCUCGUUCUCGACAACAGCAGACCACACUUCAGAAACGGGCAGCGUCCAGAGCAUGCCCGCAGUGCGCAUCUCAGAGUCGCCAACACCGCUCGCCAGUGACCACCCAUCCCCCGCACCGUCGCCCGCUGCUUCAGUGAUUUCCCAUCGCCCGCCACCAUCGCCCGCCCGUAGCCAGACACUCCAGGAACAGGCAAACAGCUCCCAGACGCAACUUCAAAGGAGGGCUCGUCACAGAUCGGUGAUGCUCGAAGGUCGCUCGGCCAACAGACUGUCUGGUUUCUUCAACAACCUCAUGAACCGCCGGGACACUUUGGUUCCGAACGCCAGGGACGCUGUUCCAGAAGUCCCAUCAUCUCACCCUCCGUCCAGGAACCAGUCUGCACCACCAUCUGAGCCCGUUUCUCGUCCAACAUCACCUUCACCGCCCCCUCGCCCUGCAACUCCUCCGCCCCCUUCACUGCCUGCUCCAACCCUGACAGAGCUAGGACUCUCUCUUUCCACCGUCACCUCCGACCUUUCUCCAUCUCAUUUCAGUGCACCACCCACAAGCGGGGCUUUCUUGGCACCUCACUACCUACUGCUAUGUCAUGCUCAGGGCCUUGACGUUCUUCCGCUAUCCUCCCCUCCUGCACCUCAACCAUAUGCUCUGGUUCGUCGCGUAAGCUUUAAAAACGUCGUCGUAAUGGAGCAGCGCGGUGUAUUGGUCGCGAUCGCUGGUAGAAGGGAUGGAGUGCGGGUAUACGCAUUGGAGGAAGUCAAGAAGGCGAUAGAAUGGCGAAUUGAGGUCGAAAUCAAACGUGAACGAGAUCGUUUACGCCGGGAAAAUGUCAAGAAGUCGGCGACAGUCCGUAGCAUCGACGCUAUCGAUUUACGAGAACUUUCUGAGAAACCACCUCGAAACUUUCUGUCAACACCGCCCCCCGGAGAAACGGAUACUCGACGGCCCAAUAUUCUUCGAAAAUCAUCUCAUGGCUCAAUACCGGUCCCAGUCCCCACCAACGUCCCGCCUCAAUUACCGUUGAUCCCUCGGCCACCUGUAGCCCGGCCCAGGCAAAAACCACGGUCAAGCUCAGUGCAGCUUCCACCUACCCCUCCUAUAGCUGCACGACACCCGAGUGAAGAUCCUCCACCUUACGUUCAAGAGGAGCCAGCCAGUUCCCAGGCGAGCCUUCUUCGUCCACAGCCCUCAGCUGUCUCUUUACGUGCGCGGACUCGCGGCAAUUCCAUCACCAAUGUGCUUGCCGGACGACCACGGUCGACAUCACGCGAACCUCAGUCCAAAGUUGAUUGGGCAGAGUCCAGUGAAGACGAGGCGAUAGAUAUUGUAGCAGCGGGAGCAAGCGGGAGUCAGGCUUUGGAUGAGAGGACUAGCGCGACAUUGUCGGCCAGUCGUGCCUCAGCGGGGCUUCCUCCAGUUCUCGCCCAGCCUCCUGUGGUCCACACUCGACACCGCUCUGGGACGUUACGACGGAACAGACCUUCGAAUCUCGACCUUUCGUUGGCGUUACCGGCUGCCAGCAUGCAGCCACCACCUUCUCCAGCUCCCACCCUCUUGAGCCUCAGGCAAGCUCUGGCGCAAUCUGCGUCAUUGGACGGUGAUCGGGAAGGCGGAGAAGAGCCCACUGAUCCAGCCCUUGGGGAGGAUGACGAAGGGGACGAAACUGACGGUCGCAUUAGCCUCGCUCAAGCAUUGCUCGAGAGCCGACUGCCCGAGUUACCACCUCUAGGAACAACCCGUCCACAAGAACCCAUACUACUCGCAACAACCAAUGAUCGUGUCGAAUCCCCGCCUGGAUCUCCGGUUGGUAAUUGGAAUGGCCGGAAUACACAGGGAACAACCGAUACGUCGCCAAGUACUUCCAGGCGCAGACGGAGGCGAUGGUCUGUGUUGAAUAUAAAUUCAAACGAGGGCGAUUCGCCGCAAGCCGACGCUCAGCAAAUUCCCAAUCCCCCACUAACAGCUCCUGCAACUGAACGCUCGCCUCAUCGUUUCACGAGGUCACACUCUUUCCGUUCAAAUCGUUCACAGCCUGCUAGCAUCAGUACUACUCCUGACCCACCAUCUAGCGCAUAUCCUCCCUCCCUUUCAUCACAAAGGACGACAACCCCUGUUACCAACCUCGCCAGGUCCGCCACGCGCUAUUUUCCACGGAUUAUUAGCAAUGCAUUUCACGGUCGACGCUCAGAAGAACGUGCGGCUUUGCCAGCACAUGCCUCUGACAGUGAAACAACCAAGCCCUCCGUCCAGUCGAGUAACCAGGCUCCUCCUCCGAAGCUGGAAUACGUCAAGCUACCGGGCACGAAAAAUGCAUUGAUGAUAAAGGCAGUGGAGACUGCUAAGAAAAGCUUCCUGGCCAUCCUGUGCGGGGAUAAUGGCGAAAAGGUCGAACUCUUCGCCGGUACCUACCGAACUGCACUGGGCUUAUCCAGGACCUUCAUCCUGCCGGACUCUCCUCGUUCUUUGGAACUACAACUCCAAGGCGACGAUCUCGUUGAAGUGUUCUUGGUAUUCGCUCAGAACGUGUUUGGCUUGGAACCUGCUACCGUUAGGGUACGAGAAGUGCGGAUAGGGCGCGCAGAGCGACGAGCUGCACGGCGACGAGCUCGUGAAAACAACCGAACAGGGACAGGCGAGCACGCUGCCGCUCCGCAGGAGGGCGAGCCACCGGAAGAAGAUGUGGCCAAUGUUAAUGUCACUGUCGGGGUGUCCGUCGCCGUCGAGUCAACUCCAGCCACUUCUGGAGAUGCGACUGUGAGACCUGCGUCUCCGACGCUGGUUGCAAGCGAGCAUCCUAAUGCACCGACAGAGCGCCCCGCGACCCCUGUUGACUCUGCUCAGACGGCGUCCACGUCACAACUGGAUGAUCUCCCUUCUGUAACCUCGGCAAACGCAGGCCCGUACACAACAUUCCAGCAACUUAGCUUUGCUCCCAAAUUCCCUUUGGCAUCCAUUGCUGACGACUACAUCAUUCCGCCAACAUACCCCUCCUUCAUUGAAUACCGCAAGGAAUACGAACAUGACGAGGCAACUAAUUCUAAUGACGGCAACGAUACCAAUAAUGAGCCACCACCCGCUGACUUUUCACCACCUGGAUUACCUGUGCCGAUACCGACCAAGCCGCCCCAAUGGUACUAUCGCGACCCAAAGGGAGUCGUUCAUGGCCCAUGGAAGUCGUCACUUAUGCAAGCAUGGUACAAGCAAGGGCUACUUCCUCCCGAUCUGCCUAUUCGACGUGAAGAAGAUGAGGAAUUCACCCUGUUGAAGGAACUUCGUCUUCAGAGUGUUGAUCCUGCACAACCGUUCAGCUUCCCUCCAACACCGCCUCCACCUCCCCCGGUACCUCCACCGCCAGCCGAGAAGCCGUUACUGUCUCCUAUAUCGCUGCUGGCUCAACCGCGUCACUUUGGGCCUCCCGCUCUCUUUUUCUCCUCCCGUGGUGGUCACAGCACAACCGUCGUCGACUCGAGAGGUCGUUCGGUUCUGAAAGGCAAAUUUGUCUGGACUAACGAUGAUGACUCGGAGGACUCGAAAGUCACCUCGAAAAUGGGGGAUAUCAAGCGGCUGGAGGCGUUCGAUGUUCAGGAUCGGUCCGUGCUGGUUGCAUUGAGGCAGGGAGGUCUGGAGGCUGUGGAUUUGUGUGACGCGCUUCUCCGACCAGCCGACGAAUCACGGACAGUGCUCCCCCACUAUAGCCCUCCGCUCAGUACGACCAACAGGCGCCCACCGUUUGUAUGGAAGAUUGGCACACCGAUCGCGGCUUCUCCGACUCCCUUCAGCGCGUUGACCAGUCAGAGACCGAAGACAGGUUUCGGGCACUUGUCGGGUAGAAAAUCGUCAGUCAGUUCCGGCAAGACAGUGGUUGGACGAUCCGAUGUCCAUACUGUUCCGGGUGACCUGGAACCGACGGAUGAAGUCUUCUUCGUUGGAAGGAAGGAGGAUGAAAUCUACUUUUGCGAACGGAAUGCAGGUUCAUUCCGCAUUCUCAGGUUGGCACCUCAGUAA